AUGCUUUCUACUCCACUCAUUCUUGGGUUAAGCCUUGUGGGCUUUGCCGUUGCUGCUCCCUCAUAUCCGCAGAGCAUCAAAGCCCGCCAAGCCCCUGGUGCUCAAAACGUUGUUUAUUGGGGGGGCAAUAACAACGAGAAUGACAACCUAUCUACCUACUGCAAGCCUGGUGCAGGUAUUGAUAUCCUUGUGCUCUCUUUCUUGGAUAUAUACGGUACAACUGGAAAUAUCCCUUAUGGUAACAUUGGAAAUUCCUGUUAUAUCGGCUCGACUGGAGUGCCCCAGCAGUGCGAUAACUUGGCCGCCUCAAUAGCUACUUGCCAAGCUGCUGGAAUUAAGAUAAUUUUAUCGCUUGGAGGUGCCGCCGGCUCUUACUCUUUACAAUCUCAGUCCCAAGCCGUCGCUAUUGGUCAAUAUCUCUGGGAAGCUUAUGGCAAUUCCGGCAGUACUUCUGUAACACGACCCUUUGGAAACGUAAUUGUCGAUGGAUGGGACUUUGAUCUUGAGUUGAAUCUCGGGAACCAGUACUAUCAAUAUUUAAUCUCAACUCUCCGGUCUAACUUCGCCAGCGACCCCACGAAGACAUAUUACAUUACUGGCGCUCCGCAAUGCCCUAUUCCAGAGCCCAACAUGGGAGAAAUCAUCAGUACCUCGGUGUUCGACUAUCUCUGGAUUCAAUUCUACAACAAUAACGGCUACGGUCCAGACCCUUGUUCUCUCGGGUUGCCAGGCGAUGCGCCGUUUAACUUCAACAACUGGACGUCAUUCAUUGCCACAACGCCCUCAAAAAAUGCCAAAUUAUUCAUCGGAGUGCCCGCCAACACCCUCGCUGCCAACGGCAACGCUGGCGGUGCAGUUUACUACGCCACGCCCGCUCAGCUGGCCACUAUUGUCCAAAACACCAAAUCCAACCCAGCAUUCGGCGGAAUCAUGAUGUGGGCUGCUGGCUACUCUGAUGCCAACGUGAACAAUGGAUGCACUUACGCCCAAGAGGCGAAGAACAUCCUCCUGACUGGUGCCCCUUGUGGUGGCUCCCAACCCGUCAGCUCUAGCCUCCCGACAACUACCGCAAAGCCUACCAAGUCUGCCACUAGCACUUCGUCAGCCACAGGAUCGGGUCCGACAGGGACAGUCCCCCAAUGGGGCCAGUGUGGUGGCGAGGGUUACACAGGACCAACACAGUGCAUUGCCCCAUAUAAAUGUGUAGCACAAGGCGAAUGGUGGUCGUCCUGCCAAUAG